CCAAGGAAGAGGUUUUAUUUACAAACCUCCCGCUAAUCUGGUCCAUGAUGUCCGAGGCCACCUGAACGAACCGGAAAGAGCGGUCUCCAUGGACACCACGAGGCACAAACUUGUCUUCAAUUGAUGUCAGUUUUUCACAAACAUGAAUGGAGAUAGCGACUACAGCAAAUACGAUUUGGCACAACUGCAGGAAGAACUUGAGCAAGAGAGGGAAAUGAAAGAAAUGCUUGAGGAGUCUGUGUCUGAACUGCGGAGCACCAUGUGUGAACUGCAAGAAAGACUGCACAGUGUUGAUGGGGAAGGAAAUGAGUGGAAGACAAGGUAUGAGACACAGACUGAGCUAAAUGGACAGUUGGACAGACAGAUGUCACUCAUCCAUGAGAGACUGGAGGACCUACGAGGAAACCCCAUGGAUCGAUUGGCCUCCAUCCGAAUUUAUGAUGACAUGCUGGUAGAAACAUUGAGACAGCGUCUGAAGCUCCUGACUGAAGAGAAGUCCGACCUCCAGAGUCAGCUGAUGGACUGUCGCAGCAGAAUUGAACAGGAAGGAAAGGCAUUUCAUAAAACCAAUGAUGAGAGGCGGGCAUACCUUUCAGAAAUUGCUAAGCUGUCCUCCACCUGUGAAUCCCAACAAAAGCAGUACUCCGCCCAACCACAGAGGGCACCCAAGAGCAAACAGAGGAGGUCAGUGAGGCACAACACUUACAGAGAGAGGCAGACCAGCAGGAAGGCAGAGGCCAAUUCUAAGAAAGAAAAAGAGAGAGACGAAGAUGGAGGAGGAGCGUGUUUGAAAGUAGGAGGUGGUGGUGGUGGUGGAGCAACAGCAGAGAGAAGAGAAGAGAAGAAAUCUCAGAGGGGGAGCUGGUUACCCAGCCUAAAGGACUACCUAAAACACAAUCCCUAAUCCAGACCAUGGCAUUAUUAUUUCCUUACAUGUCUUUGUCUCAAACGAGUAGCUAUAAGGAGAAAUAUUUAAGAGAGAGGAAUAUUACAGGCUUUGAGUGCAGUAAGGUUGUCUCCUAAUGUGAGAAGCUUGCUGAGUCUGACAUUUCUUGUCUCUACAAUCUUUUUUAAAACACCUCCUAUGACUUGAUUACGUAAACAACAUCCACCACUGUCUCCGCAUGUACUUCCCACCCACUGACCGCCUUUACAAAUGUAGGUGUAAGAAAACUGAAUGCAGUAGUAAAUAGGAACAUUGGCAGAAGCUGUUUGUGUUUGUGAAGAAGUGUGGAGGAUGGCUUCAGUUCUUGUCAGCCUCAGAACGUCAAAUUAAAAUGUUAUUUAAU